AUGGCACCUAUUGCGCUGGAUGAAGGAGUCGAGGUAGCCAAGCCGCAGAGGUCGAUUAAUACCAAGUCAGCCACCGAGGAGACAGGAGAGCAAGUACGCCUUGCUGCAAGAGCGGGAAAAUACACCAGUCAAACCUCAGGUGCCGCUCCGACAUACAUUCAGGCGAACUUUAUUGUCCUCCCGUCUAGAUAUGCUGCAGAUUUCCGCCUGCUGUGUCGGAGGAAUCCAGUGCCUUGUCCGCUCCUGGCAGAAUCAAAAGAGGUCGGAAGGUGGGAUCAACUAAAGUCGUGGGUAGACGGCUUGACUGGCGAUCAAAUAGCCAAGGACCUCGAUCUUCGACAUGACUUUCCGAAAUUCAUGGUCUAUGAGAACGGAGAUCUGACAAAGGCGCAUUGUCUUAAUGUCGAGGCUGAAUGGACUGAGGACCACGUCGGCUUCUUGAUUGGUUGCUCCUACAGUUUCGAAAACGCGCUCGCGUCGGCAGGACUGAUUCCUGCCCAUACGGCUCACGGAAGAAACGCCCCAAUGUACCGGACCAACAUCCCUCUAUGCCCAGCAGGGAUUUUCAAGCACACCACAUAUGUGGUGUCGAUGCGACCAUAUCGAAGGCGAGACGUUGAGAGAGUCAGAGAGAUCACUCGCCCUUAUGUGGCAACCCACGGAGAGCCCAUCGACUGGGGCUGGGACGCUGUAGGUCGAUUAGGUAUUCAGGAUAUCAGUCAACCAGACUACGGGGAGGCUCCAGUCGCAAUGGAUGGCUCUCCUCUGGUCGAGGGUGUGGGCGCUGAUGAUGAUGAACUUGUCCCUGUGUUCUGGGGUUGCGGCGUGACCCCUCAAGAGGCCAUACGCAGAGUCAAGCCUGAAGGAAGAGUCAUAGGCCAUGCUCCCGGUUAUAUGAUCGUGUUAGAUAUCAGAGACCAGGAUAUCAUUCCCAAGCAAUAA